AUGGAUGACAGACAGAAGCUUGAUGGGUUUAUACUAUUCAACACUGUGAGUCCACAAGACAGCCAAGACUUAGAAAUCAAUUCCAUGUUUAAUAUCCGAAAGAGUUUGGCUUGGGACAGUGCCUUCUUCACAAAUCCAGGAGUCUUGGAACCUGAAGAGCUGCUUCAGACUACGAGUUCUGGAGCUACAGGCAAUGCAGUUAACCUACUUGGAAAUGAGGAAGAAAUACUGUUGCCUUCGGAGUCUUUGGAGCCUGAAAGAACCAGAAAAUUUGAGAGCUGUAGUUAUCGAAAGAGCUUAACUUGGGAUAAUGCCUUUUACACUAGUCCAGGGGUUUUGGAUCCUGAGGAAUUGUCUAUAGUAAACAAAGGAUUCAAGAAAUCUGAGUCUCAUCAACUUCUUGCCAUUCAAGAAGUUUGGCGGUCCACGGAGUCAAAGUCUACAACAGAUAGCGGCAGUUCUGCUCUGGCAAGCCUAGAGUUUGAACUUUUUGGGGACAAAAUGUUAUCUAUGCAGAAGCCAGCUAGUCUGAAACUGAAAAGAGGAAGGGGAUUGCAAAAUGUCCACUCCACGAAGAAAACUGAUGCUUCGUCUCGGGUGAAGAUGAAAGCCUCAGCAUCCCAAAGGCAAAAUCUUAAUAAUCAGCCAGAAAGGAUUUUAAAGGAGGUUUUUGUUUCCUCACAAAGACAGCUUGCUGCUGGAAGUGGGAAAUUCAUCCCAACAGCAUCUCUUAAACAACCAAAGUUAUUUAGUGGCGUUAGUCACUCUUCAACAGCUGCAACCAGAAGGUCCUCUUUGGGUGGAAACUAUGUCAAGAUGGGAACUGCAAAGGCUGCACGUGGACAAUGUUCGACUCUUUCAAAGAAACCUUGCUUGAGGGCUUCAUCCGGUAUUGUCACUCAUAGUUCUACACCAUCCCCAAAAUUGUCUUCAUCAGGUUCUCCAGCUGCCAAAGACACUAGUGAAUCUCCAAUGAACUCAAGAAGAAAAUUUGAUUAUGCACUUGACGAUUUUGCUGCCAAUGGCUUAACCAUGAGCAAUCCUUUGAGAUUCACAAAGAAAAACAAAGAUGAACUCGAAAGUUCUUGUCAGGAUUCUGGUAAAAUGUUCACACCAAAGUCUACCAUUUACGCCUCAUCUGCUGCUUCUCUUGAUGGCUGGUCCUCAGAAUCAUCAUCGUCAUCUAUGAGUCAAAGAUCUAUCAGCAGUCAGAUAUCUUUUGGGAGUGAUGCCUCUCAGGCAUCAGAUACGGUACAUUGUGUUGGACAGGAAAAUCAGGAAACAAGUCUCCCAGAUCAGAAUAUGAAGCCCUCAGGUCUCCGAGUGCCAUCACCGAAGAUUGGCUUUUUUGACGAGGAGAUUACUUUGGUGCAAGCAAGGGGUAGCAUGCAUUUUCAUUCUGUUGUGCCAAGCACAGUGUCUCAAAAUGGAGGUGCAAAGCUAUAUGGGAAGCUUAAACCUCCAAGAAACUUUGAUGGGAAGAAUAACGUGCAGAAGGUGCUCAAUAGAGUGAACAAGGAAUGCACCAAAGAGAAUGAAGAGCCCAAUAUACAUUGUCCUGGAGAAAACAUGUGCAGCGGUCAAGAUAAUAGUGACGGAUAUAAUACAUACUACUUCAAAAACCAAAUUGAAGGUUUAACUGAACAAGUUGGUAUCAUUGAUCUUGGUUGUGAUGUUGUGAUGGAGUUCAGACCAGACAAGAAUGCUUUCCACGCUUAA